AUUCCUACUUAUUUGGCCUUUGGUUGGAGAAACAAAAACAUUUUGCCCAUUCAUUUUUGUACAUCUAUCCCAUAACAUGGCAGCUUGUUAAUGAUAUUUGUUGCUAAUGACACAGUAGUGGGAAAGGUCUAUAGUAAUAAUUAAAAUGUUAUUAUUAUUAUUAUUAUUAUUAUCAAUUGUUAUUAUAUUUCAUCUUGUUUUUGUUUGUUUCUAUUCUUUGCUUUUGGUUUUUGGUCUUUGUGAUUAUAAUUGUCAAACAGUAGAUCUUUUUUGUUUUAGAAAUCAAGGUCUCCUGUUCUAUUACUUUAUUUCCCUUACUUUUUAUCUCAAUAAUCCUUCUUGCUAAUUAAUUAACAUUCAUUAAUUAAUUAUUAUAAAAUUAAUUAAUUUUAUUUGAUAAAAUAGGGAACUUCCCAUAAAUACUUCCCAACCAACGAAGCAAGCAAAAGAAGACGAAAAGAAGAGGGGAUAGAACAAGAUGUCUUCCUCGUCUCCCGAUGUAGCCAAGACACUUGUUACUAUGGAUCGCCAGCUCUCUGUGAAAGAUAAAGACUCUCUCGUCUAUCUGGCUGAAAUACUAACAAAUGGAGCAAGCAGAGAUAAAUCCUUACUCACCCUCUUGGGUGAUAAGUUUGUGAAGGAGGAGCGUCCUGAUAUUUUGAGGAAUUUACUAGAGCUAGCCGGAUUAAACAAACACGCUGAUUCCCUCCGUCAUCUAAACCAUACUAGACCACCUAAACUACUUGAGGAAUGUCAGUAUGUCACUAAAGAGAACUGCAAGCUUGUUGGAAUGAGAUCGUGUUUAAUAAAACUGGUUUCUGCUCUGUCUACGGACCAGUUGCGUACCCUUUUGGAAAUUCUCUGUCACAACAGUGAUAGUAAUCCUGAAAACUAUGCCUGUAUCUACAUCCUCUUCAGAGAGCUGGAGCAAAAAGCAAUCAUAUCUCCUGGAAGACUCGAGUUUAUUUACGAGAUAUUAGAAAAUGAUUCCCAGUUUGCCAGCGUUAGACGCAUCCUAGUUGAAUACCAGGAUCAAUUUUACAAUGAUGACGAACAAAGAUGCUCCUCUACUGGAAACAAUCCAGUACAUGUAGGUAGGUCUUGUCCUCCAAGUAAUCAAGUACCAAAUCAACCACUAUAUCCAGCAGGUUCACAUUCUUUAAGAGGUUCUCAUAAUCCUCCUCCUCUUGUCCAACAGCGUCCUAUUGUCCCUCCUAGUGUUCCUCCUCCUCCUCAUCAAAUAGGAGGAGGAGCUUUAUAUCAACGUCAAAUUUCAGCUCCUCCAUACAAUUCUCAUAAUUUACCACAUUCUCAAUCAAACCGUUUGCAUCAAUCUGAUAGCUUCCAGCGUCCAAUGGACUGGUCACCUCAUCUGCAAAGGAACCAACCUGUUCGACCAUUUCCUCAUAAUCAUCCUUCUCGCUUUGACCCUCAGCCCACUGAGUACCCUCAACAGCCUAAUCAGUUUUGCCAACAACCCAAUCAAUAUUCCGAUCCACCUGCUCCUCGUCAGUCCAAUCAAUAUUACCGCCAACAAUCUGAUCAGUCUUACCGCCCACCUAAUCAACAAUAUGAUCAGAAUCAUCAUCCACUACCUCCUCAACCUCACGAUAUGACUCACUCCUCAUUUCAUCCAUCAUUUAGCUACUCGUCACAAGCUCCUCAAUAUGAUCAGUAUUAUACUCGACCUGUUCUUCCACAAGACCAGCGUUCCCCUCCUCCUCCUCCUCUUCCUCCCUCUCAGCAAACUGGAGAGUCCUUGUCAACAACAAGAUGGCUACAGCAACAAGGUACUAUGGUUGGCAUUUCAUCACAGCAGCAGCAGCAACAGGUUAUCGAUCAAUCAAUGAAUGUUCCUCCUCUUCCUUCUCCCUUUCUCAGUGGACAGAUGCCUCAAGUUGAUAGCUAUGGAGCAGUAGGGCAACUUGGAUACCCUACCAAUAGUUGGCCAAACGAGCCAGCUGGUCCUACAGUUCAGGUUUAUUCUUCUUCUGUUGCUGGAGCCUUUGAUAAACCAGCUAUCCGCUCAAGGCAAAAUUCAGAGCCAGCCGGAAACUCUCCUUCAAAGAGAAAUCCUCCGCCUAAAAAGAGUAAUACUCUACCAGAGGACUUUUCACCUAAUUCCAGGACUGCAUCUAAUCCACAAACUUCAUCAUCCAUUCACCAACAACACGUUCAUAUUUCUCAGUCUAAUUCCGAUUCACCAGCUCCUUCUGCUGGGUUUUUGGUUCUUUCGCGGCACCAAAAUCUUUCCCCGAAUUCUCCUGGUCACAGCAUUAAUGUGUCGGUUAGUCGCCGUACUCCAUCACCUGCUGCUCAAGCAGCAUCUUUUCAUAGCAACGUCAGUUCUAUACCUUAUGAUGUUGAGCCUGCUCAAGUUCAAGAAGCGAGAAUGAAGAAUGAAGAAGAACACAUGUAGUUGCAGCUACGUAUGGGUGCUGAUGGUAGUUGGGUAUAUAUACUUAUUAUUAUUAAUUAUUAUGAUAAUAAUAGUGAUGAUGUUUGGUAUAAUUAGGUGAUUUUUACUUUUUGCAGCUACUCUCUACUGCUAUGCUCUUAUUUAGAGUCUUUAGGGAACAAAUGCAAUGCAUUUUUAUAUUGUUUUAUAAUUAUAAUUACUGUGUA